CUUUCACCUAAUUGGUCCCAGAGCAAGAUCGGACCUAUAACAGCUUUUUUCGUAAAUAGCGAAAAGGCCUAGCCAAGAAUAAGCUUUUCUCCGGCAUUUACCUUUAUUCUUUUAUUUCAUGUCGGUCCGUAGGGUAAUACGCUAAUCUAUUACAUAAAGCCUUAAAUACCCUCUACUUGUACAGGGCUAGAGACUAGAGGCUCCCCGGGUAAUCAAUCUAUGUUAAACCUCCCAGGUAAGAUUCUGUUUUCAAAUCCAUCACCCUCCUUCUCCUCAGAAUCACAGAGGGGUUCUGCACCGAAGCUGAAGCUGCCAUUGGUGGGAGACGAUGGGAGGGUUUACGCCUGCUCGGGAAGAAACUUCUUUGCCUUCGAGAGUAACGGUUCCAUCGCUUGGAACUUGCCUCUUAACCACACCUGCAGCCCUAUGAUUGCUCCUGUUAAUGGCGGUUCUACAAAGAUAUAUGUAGUGGCAGAAGAUAGAGUUUUGAAGAUCAACCCCUUGAAAGCCGGAGGAUCAUCGGAAUCCGCCGUACAACUGUUUUUCGGGGCGAAACCGAUCGGGGGCAGCGGCGGCGCAGAGAGCAAGAGCUGGGGAGAGAUUGUGGGGAUUGGCGUGAGCGUGUUCAGCUCUCGGGUCCUCAUCACCGUGAAGAGAAGAGGACUCUUUGCUUAUAGGCUUCAGGGGAAGCUGGCCUGGAGCGCCGGCCCCGUCAAGAACCAGCACGGGUUCCGCCAUGGCUGCCGCAAAACCCUAACGGACUGUCAUUUCACUUCUGCCCCUGUGAUUGAUCACUGUGAAGCUCGUGCUUAUGUUUUGAACAAUGGGGGAGAACUGUAUGCUGUGUCUACUAGCAACCCUCAUUUCCUAUGGAUAACAGAUUUGAGCUCUUAUGGUAACAUCUCUACAAUUACUGCUGGGAAUAACGGUCUGGUGUACGUCACUGUCCCAGCUGCAGCAGCACUCAUCCUCGCGAUAGACGCCUCUAAGGGUAACGUUUUGUGGCAGGGAAGUAUUGGGCCACUGAGUUCUGCAGAUUACACCCCCAUCGUUGAUUCUAAUGGUUGGGUUUCGGUCGGUUCGUUGGAUGGAUUCGUGUAUUCGUUUUCACAGACCGGAGCUGUCAAGAAGUUCCCUAGAGUGGCUGACCAAGAAUCUGUCAUCCAAGUUCGCCCUAUUCUGGACUGCUCAGGUUUUGCAAUCUAUGUCUCUCAGACAGAGAUGGAUGAAAAGGUUAGCCAGAGAAUUGGGGAUUAUACGUACAUCUCAGCUAUGAAACCAAGGUCUGUUACCUUCACAAUGCUCGUCCCCGCCACCGGAUCUUUGCUAUUAUCUGAGAAAUACCCAGGUCCAUUCUCAUCGAAGCUACUUAACAGUGAUCUGAAGCAUUUUGAUUGCGAUGAAAAGGUUGUUCUUGCUUUUUUUGCAGCAUCAAGGAUUAAUGACCCUUUCCAAUGCAUUAGCAAACGUCAGAAAUAUGCAUUCAGUUGCUCACAGAUCAGACCAAUGGCUUACAACAGCAAUUACCCGGACAAUGAGAGGGGAAUCGUCUUAUUUCUGUUAUUCGAGUCGACUUUGUUACUAGUUUUAGCCGCACUCGUAAGGUUUUGUUGCCUGUUUUGGAAGAAGAAGAAGCUCCGAAGUCGCCAACUCGGAGAAUUCCUUGAAAAGAGACGUGCUCUCCAACUCCAGAAGAAAGCCUUUGACAGGACAAUAUCAGAACUUGAGCAAAAAGCUACAGAGGAAGCGGUAGGGAAUGAAGUGAUAGAAGAGUUGGGAGAUUUGGUGAGGGAAAGGGAAGGCAUUGAGAGAAAGCUCUCAACAACAUAUAGUUUUGGAAGAGAUGAAACCACAUACAUGAGAGGUUCAAAACCAGUGCUGCUUCCUCUGUCUGAUCGAACAACACGGAGCUACUCUUUUCAAGACAGGAACAAGGAGAGCAUCACUCUCUUUCACACUGUCACAGAUGCUUCCUCCGAAGAUAGCCAGUCGGACAUUGCUGAAGCUUGGAUUAGCAGUGCUGAUGAUGUUCGCGAAGGAGAUGACGAGUACGAGGCUAGCCCAUCAAGCUCGGGUUCGGGAUCAUUUGAUGGAAUAGAGGAAUCUGCACCAGUGGCUCGCCAAUGCGUUUUGACGCGAAGGAUGAGACCUUUGUCAUCAAGCAGCUGAGGUUUCAUCAUGCAAUGCCUUAGAGAAGCACAGUGCUGUGCAUUUUUUAAAGGCUAUUUCUUUACUAGACUCAGUUUGUUGAUACUUUGUACUGUCACAUUCCUUUGUUAUUUACUUUAUGUUAGACAAUAAUAAUAAUAAUAAUAAUAAUACUUAUGAUAGUUU